AUGCCACCUUCAAACCUUGCUCUGCCUUUGGGUUCCUUGGUUCUCGUAACCGGGGCCAAUGGCUACAUUGGCUCACACGUCGUCAACAAUCUCCUUGAUCUUGGAUAUCGUGUUCGGGGAACCGUCCGCGAGCCCAAGCCCUGGUUGGACCAAUUCUUCACCAACAAGUAUGGCGCGGGCAAGUAUGAGAGCGUAGUUGUUCCUCAAAUUGACGUUGCCAAUGCUUUCAAUGAAAGUAUCAAAGGCGUUGAUGGAGUCGUUCAUGUGGCGUCGGAUAUGUCUUUCAGCCCCGACCCGAGCGCCGUCAUUCCACAAAUGGUUGCUGCAAUGGAGAACAUUCUGAGUGCGGCGGCACAGGAAGAGUCCGUCAAACGAUUCGUCUUGACGUCGUCAUCAGCUGCUGUGCUUAUCGCCCAGGCUAACGUGGAGGUUGAAGUUACUAAAGAUACGUGGAAUGACUUUGCAGUCAAAGCUGCAUGGGACAGAAACGCACCUCAAGAACUCAAAGGUGCACUCGUUUACUGCGCAUCUAAAGUUGCAAUAGAGCGCACGGCAUGGAAAUUUGUUGAAGAGAAGGAGCUAAAGUUUGUCUUCAACGCCGUCGUUCCUAACGUCAAUUUUGGUCGAAUUUUGCACCCGCAAAUUCAUGGCUCUUCUAUGGGCCACACCAGAGCUUUGACAAAAGGCAACUCAUUUGUCAUGGGCUUGCUUCCCACACAAUGGUUUGUUGAUGUCGAGGAUUGUGCCAAGUUGCAUGUCGUCGCCCUCUUAGACCCGGAAGUGAAGUCCGAGCGUCUCUUUGCAUUCGCUGAUACGUAUACUUGGACCGAUAUUCUCGCAAUCAUACGCAAGAUACGCCCAGCAGGUUGUGAGCAGCUUGUCAGGCCCCCGGAGAACGAAGGCCGGGAUAUCAGCAAGAUUCUCCCGAGAGAAAGAGCAGAGGAACUGUUGCAGAAGUUCUAUGGGAAGGGUUGGACGAAGCUUGAAGAUAGCAUUGCGGCGGGGKUUGAAGAAUAUGAUAUCUGA